AUGGAUAAUUUUCAUACUGUCUCUACUUUAGAUGAAAAAAAGGGUGGCAGAGUUCCUCUCAAUUCUUCUGUUGCAGAGUUUAAUGAAUGGAUUGAUAAUUGUGAACUUUUACAUGCUACAAGAACUGGACUUCAAUUUUCUUGGUCAAAUGGUAGAUGUGGAAGAAAGAGAAUCUUAUGUAAUCUGGAUAGGUUUCUGUUUAACUCAAAAUGGCUAGAGAAAUAUCCAGGGUGGAAGUAUCAUGUUACUGCAAGAGGGUUCUUACAAGUUAUAAUUGAUGCAUGGAGAGAAUAUUUUGUGGGUAACCCUAUUUACACUUUCAUGUCCAAACUAAAACACAUGAAAAUUAUUCUAAAGAAGUGGAAUUGGGAGAUUUUUGGCAAUGUUCAAGUUACUUUAAGAGAAGCUGAGAAGAAGGUGACUGAAACAGAUAUACUUUCUGAUGCAGAUCCUCAAAAUUUGGAGCUUCUAAAUAAGUAUAUCACAGCAAGGGGUGUAAGGGAUAUAGCAUCUCAGAAUUAUCAUACUACGUUGUGUCAGAAAUUAAAGAUUAAUUGGAUUAAAUUUGGAGAAGCUAAUACUUCCUUUUUCACACUAAUAUCAGAUUGA